AUGCCAAAAAUACACUGUCUACUGCAGGUUUAAGUAGAAGGGAAAAAUAAAACUAAAGAAUAUUUAGAGUCAAAUUGAGAAAAGCGAGGUUCAUUUUUGGUGAGGAAAAAGAAAAGAAAACUUUUGAACCAUCAUUUUUUCCUUAAUUUCCAUCUGAAGUAGCUUUAUAACUUUUACUGCAUUUUCUUUUCCCAAUAAAUAAAUACAAUAAUAAUAAUAAUAAUAAAUAAAUAAAAAAACUUGGGAUAAAUAUUCAAACUCCAGAUGCCAUUGUUUGUUACAUUAAUAGGUAUUAAUUUGAUGAGAAUUUAAAAAGAAGUUUAGUGUAUAAUGAAGAGUCUGACACUUCAAAAAAGAGGUUGGAAACUACUAAAGAGAAGACCACCUGUUGCUUUGCUGGAAGCAGAGGGAACAUUUCCCAGCAGCUACCACAGAAGAAGCAUUGCAGCUCCAUGCAUCAGCAGGCAGGAUAAUAAUUAGGCUACACACCCACUUCACACCAUCAGCCACAUCUCGGAUGCCCAUCCCCAACUCAAGACGCAAGGAUAUACAGCAGGACCGUUUUAAGUUCAUUUAGAGAAGGAGACUUUUUCAAACGAUGGCUAACUCUGGUAUUCAGCUGCUGGGAUUUUUCCUGUCGUUAAUUGGCAUCGUUGGACUGAUCAUCGGGACUAUUCUCCCUCAGUGGAAGAUGUCUGCGUAUAUUGGGGACAACAUCAUCACAGCUGUGGCCAUGUACCAGGGGCUGUGGAUGUCAUGUGCUUUCCAAAGCACCGGACAGCUGCAGUGUAAAAUCUACGACUCCAUUCUGCAGCUGGACAGUUCGCUUCAGGCCACUCGCGCCUUGAUGAUAGUUGGCAUCAUCGUGUCCGUCGCAGGUCUGGGCGUGGCCUGCAUGGGAAUGAAGUGCACCACCUGCGCAGGGGGAGACAAGCUACGCAAGUCCCGCAUCGCCAUGACAGGAGGCAUCAUCCUGCUGGUGGGAGGGCUGUGUGCCAUCGUAGCGUGCUCCUGGUUCGCUCAUAAUGUGAUCCGGGCUUUCUAUAACCCCUACACUCCAGUCAACACCAAGUUUGAGUUUGGUGCCGCAAUCUUCAUCGCCUGGGGCGGCUCCCUCCUAGACGUCCUGGGCGGAGCCAUGUUGGCCGCCUCCUGUCCACGCAAGAAACAGGUGUCCAAGUACCCGUCCAUGGCGACCAGUUCCCGCUCCGGUCCGCCGAGCAGCACUAAAGAAUACGUCUGAGAAUGUGCCCCCCUACGAGGCUCGGGACACCAACAGAAGCUGACAAAGAAGGAGUAAACCUGAAGGUGUGAAUCAUAGAGGCAAAGAAUUACUGACUUUUCCUUUUUCUUCAGGCAGACCUUUGAUAACCCCUUUGAUUAUCAUGCAGCACUCUCAGUUGUUUCAUGAAAGAUGUCUCUCACCCCGUCCACACAUUCCACAUUUGUUUACAAGUGAUCUCUCGCAAAUACAUUAUAAUUGGAUCCCCUUAAUAGACAAGCCCCUCGGGGUGUAACCUGUUGCAUUGUAGCCUAAAUGGUGGAUUUUAGCCAACACUUGCACCUCCACGUUAGAACCAGCAUCUAUUAGUAUUUGCCAUGUAAUUGAAAGUAAUCAAUUCGGUGUCUAGGCUGCGACUCAGGGGCUCCGUACAACAGAGACACAGGGUGACAAUACGGUGUUUUAUAUUAACUGUUGGUGGUCCGAAAAUAGAUGUUUCGAUGAGCAGGGUGUGACUUCACACACAGGGCUCACUGUGUAGGGUGGCCCGCAACACACAGGCCUUUUACUACAGCACUCACUACAGGCUCUUCAUACCAGUCUGUUACAAACCCUGCUCAGAUAUGAAAUACUUUAUCAUGUAGUCACCGUGCCGUUAUCACUCUAAUAGCUUCCAUAUCAGCCACUAUGAGAUUAAGCUGCCUCUAUUUAUUUUGACACAACGUAGGAUGAAGUUUUGGCUCCUGUGUAGGUUUUUAUGUAAGAGGUAGAUCACUGUGGCUCAGUAGCUUUCAGACAUUAUAAGGUUUCUAUUAAGGUGUUUUAUGCUCUGAACGGUGUUUUUUUAAAUGUCAUAGUUUUAUAAAUGUGGCUCAUUUAGCAGGUAAAACAGUUUUUAACAUGUCCAAUUGUACUUAAAUAAUAAAGAUAUUACAACUUUGUUAAUUGUGUGGUGGUCAUAGCAGCUGAUUAUAUAGUUGUUUCCCUCCAUUGUUAGAAACAAAGAGCCCAGUUUCUCUUCAUACAACAAAAAUCAACAUCAUUUACUUUUAUCUAAAAAAAGACGUAAGACAGCAAAAAGAAAAACAACCUUAGUUUUCAUCAAAGAGCAUCAAAUCAUAUCAAAAAUGUAUUUUA